AGACAUCAAUAUUAAGCUCCAUCAUUUCAAUCGUGAAGAUGUUAAGAAUAAUUUGUUCGGUAUCUACAAAGAUGAAGCGACGACUUCAAGUCAAAAAUGUCUUGGGAUAAUUCCAUAUAUGGACUUACAAGUUUUGGACGAUCAAGAAACGAAAAUAGAAAUUUUAGACUUAACAAAAAAUCAGAUGUAUAUGGUGUUGGAGUUCUUAUCUCUUUGA